CACGCCCGCGGCGGCGGCGGCGGCGGCAGAGCCCGGAUGCGGCGCCCGGAGACGGCGGGGGGAGCGGCGCGGAUGGAUCCAACAUGGCGGCGCCGAGCCUGCGCCCGGGGAAGAGACCUGGGAAAAUAAGUUUCUGGCAGAGUGUAGUGGGGAUUGCAGCUGCCGAGCAGGGAUUCUGGAAAGCAUCGCGCACCUGAGCCCCCAGUAUGGCGGGCCUAAAGCGGCGGGCAAGCCAAGUGUGGCCGGAAGAGCGUGGCGAACAGGAGCACGGGCUGUACAGCCUGCACCGCAUGUUUGACAUUGUGGGCACCCACCUGACACACAGAGACGUGCGCGUCCUUUCCUUCCUCUUUGUCGACGUCAUUGAUGACCAUGAGCGUGGCCUCAUCCGAAAUGGACGUGACUUCUUACUGGCAUUGGAGCGCCAGGGCCGCUGCGAUGAGAGCAACUUCCGCCAGGUGCUGCAGCUGCUGCGCAUCAUCACUCGCCACGACCUGCUGCCCUACGUCACGCUCAAGAGGAGACGGGCUGUGUGCCCUGACCUUGUAGACAAGUAUCUGGAGGAGACAUCAAUUCGCUAUGUGACCCCCAGGGCCCUCAGUGAUCCAGAACCAAGGCCUCCUCAACCCCCUAAAACAGUGCCUCCCCACUAUCCUGUGGUGUGCUGCCCUACUUCGGGCCCUCAGAUGUGUAGCAAGAGGCCAGCUCGAGGAAGAGCCACACUUGGGAGCCAGCGAAAACGCCGGAAGUCAGUGACACCGGAUCCUAAGGAAAAGCAGACAUGUGACAUCAGACUGCGGGUUCGGGCUGAAUACUGCCAGCACGAGACUGCUCUGCAGGGCAAUGUCUUCUCUAACAAGCAGGACCCACUUGAGCGCCAGUUUGAGCGCUUUAACCAGGCCAACACCAUCCUCAAGUCCCGAGACCUGGGCUCCAUCAUCUGUGACAUCAAGUUCUCUGAGCUCACCUACCUCGACGCAUUCUGGCGCGACUACAUCAACGGCUCGUUACUAGAGGCACUUAAAGGUGUCUUCAUCACAGACUCCCUCAAGCAGGCUGUGGGCCAUGAAGCCAUCAAGCUGCUGGUGAAUGUGGAUGAGGAGGACUAUGAGCUGGGCCGACAGAAACUCCUGAGGAACUUGAUGCUGCAGGCCUUGCCCUGACCUUCCCUCUCAUGGGACUGGUCCCACCACUCGCCUCUGGAGCGUACAUACUGUUCUGGGGUUUGUCCUCUCCCCUUCCAACCAAUCACACCCCUGCCUUUUUUUUUUUUUUUUUUUUUUAAAGGAAAAGACAAAGGAAAAUGGAAGUGGUGUUUCCCACCCUCCCUGUACCCAUGUGCCUGGGCUUCCCCCGUUUCCUUUUCCACUCACCCCAACGUGUCUGCAGCCACCUUACCACUGAGCCGUGAGACAGAUGUGUAGGGAGAAGCAAAGUCUGUAGGACAGUCUUUGUGAGGGACUGAAGCAACCACUGCGUCUGGGUGCAUUGAGGGGCUGUCAGUACUUCUGGCUUUAUGAGGGCUCUUACAUUUUGUCUGAAAAACCAAAGGGCUGUGUGUAAGGGAGCUGUGUUGUGUGGAAGGUGAGACUCUGAAGUGUAUUUUGGAAAUGAAUCACCACCCUCUCCCAAAUUAUAGAAUUUUUAAAAAAGAAGCUGUGGCCCUUUCCACUCUCUCCUGGCCUCUGGUGCUGCUCCUCUGCCUUGUUUCUUCUGUCCCAUGGCUGAAACUUCUGCCUGGUGUGGCUCCUCCUUCCCCCUUGUCCAGCCGUCUUCAAGGGAAAAUAGGUGAGAGGACUAGGUAGCCCAGUCAGCCCGCCCAGCUGUGGGGUGUGUGUGUGUGUGUGCACAAGCACGGGAGUGUGCGGAGGUUGAAACACUCCCCCUGAAAAGGGAGGGGAGAGUGACUUUCCUUCCAUGUGCAAGUGAAAAUAAAUGAGGUACCCUGCA